AAAGGUUUCUAUAUUUAGAAAGAGUUUGUCUUUUCUGAAACGGCCUAAAAAGGUAAAGGAGUAUCAUUUUAAUAUUCUUUUCUUAGGAGCUCCUCCCUAAUCAUCUUAAAAAUUUGUCGUCAUCUCUUAUUCUUCAUCUCUCAAUUUCUCCAAUUCUUCGAUUGAGAUAUGGAGUCAUCUAAAGAGACAGGUUGCCGAGCUCCAGAAGGCCCCAUCCUUUGCAUCAACAACUGUGGUUUUUUCGGUAGUGCAGCCACCAUGAAUAUGUGUUCCAAGUGUCACAAGGAAAUGAUACUUAAGCAGGAACACGCAAAAUUUGCAGCUGCAUCCAUCGAAAACAUCGUAAAUGGAAGCUCAAACAGUGUUGAAAAAGAAGCUGUAGAAGCCAUAUCAGCGGAAUUAAAGGUUGUGUCUGCAGAAGCAUCUUCAGAUAUAACCUCAGAGAUUUCAGAAGUGAAGCCAAAAGAGGGUCCGAAUAAGUGCACAGCUUGUCGUAAGCGUGUGGGUUUAACAGGUUUCAACUGCAAGUGUGGAAAUCUUUUCUGUGCUGUUCAUCGUUAUUCAGACAAACACAACUGCCCGUUUGAUUAUAGGAAUGCUGGUCAGAAUGCAAUAGCAAAAGCAAAUCCUGUCAUCGUAGCAGAAAAGCUUAAUAAGAUAUAAGAGGCAUGAUGCUUUUACUUUAAAAUCUGUCCAUAGUCCGAUAAGUUGGUCUCAUCUUACAGGGUCUCCUAUGAAUAUGCAUGGAUCGUAUAAGGCGAUGAAAAUUGGUUUGGGGUUGGGUUUUUUUUUUUUUUUUUUGGGUUGGGGGGGGGGGGGGGGGGUGGGGGUUUCUUUUCAAGUACUAGAGCCUAGAUUAUUUCUGGUGUGUAAGUUGUUAUAUAUGCUGGUUUGGUGGACAUUUUUAUGGAAUUUGUAAUUUGUCCUUGUUCUUUCCCAUUUCUCUGCUUCAUGUCUAAUAUAAUGUGCAUAAUGACUAUCCCUUUAAAACAAGCACGAUCACAUUUGGAGAGGCUAUUAUUGAAGAUUGUAGAGUGUAAAUAUUUGUUAAAUUUCAACAAAGCUUCUAUUAAACAUA